AUGAAAAUAAAUAGUUGUGUAAUUUUAGGUGAGCAAGAAGACGAUCCGAGAUACACGAUUACUACAAACGAGGACGGAGCAACGGUGUUUUCAUGUAAGAUUUGCCAGAAAGUGUUUAAGAAAAAGGAUUUUGUCAAGCAGCAUCAUAAGGAGGUGCAUUUGAAGAAACGCCGACUCUUACGGACCUGCUACCUCUGUGAUGUCUUGGUGCCGGGUUCCAAGCGGCCGGCGCACAUGGAGGAAGCCCACGGAGUGCCCAUGCCGAAGUGCAACGCUUGCGACAGAAAGUUCGCGUACCAAUUCAGAUUGUUGCGUCAUCAGAGAACAUUUCACAUGGGAGAACGAAACUACGAAUGUGACGUCUGCCACAAGAAAUUUGGCGAUAACGCUCGUUUAAACAAGCAUUUGGUCCUUCAUCGCCCCGAACGGCCUUUUGAGUGCAAUGUUUGCGAUAAGAGUUUUAAAACGGCAAAAUAUUUGCGAACACAUAUGAAGAUACAUUUGGAUGACCGGAGAUACGUGUGCAAGUUGUGCGGGGAGCGCUUCGUUCAGACGUCCAGUUUAAAAUAUCACAUGAAGAAGAGACAUCCCGAGGAACGGUUUAGUCGUCAACAAGGAACCCUUAUAACCCUGCUCGCUCGCGAGGCCCUAAUGAAUUAUCCACUGCUCAGUGAACAAGAAGAGGAUCCGAGAUACACGCUUACUACAAACGAAGACGGAGCAACGGUGUUUUCGUGUAACAUAUGCCAGAAAGUGUUUAAGAAAAAGGAUUUUGUCAGGCAGCAUCAUAAGGAUGUGCAUUUGAAGAAACGCCGACUCUUACGGAGCUGCCACCUCUGUGAUGUCUGCGUGCCGAGUCACAAGCGGCCGGCGCACAUGGAGGAAGCUCACGGAGUGCCCAUGCCGAAGUGCAACAUCUGCGACAGAAAGUUCGCGAACCAAUCCAAAUUGUUGCGUCAUCAGAGAACAUUUCACAUGGGAGAAAGAGACUUCGAAUGUGACGUCUGCCACAAGAAAUUUGCCGAUAACGAUUAUUUAAACAGGCAUAUGUUCGUUCAUCGCUCCGAACGUCCUUUUGAGUGCAAUGUUUGCGACAAGAGUUUUAAAACGGCAAAAUAUUUGGAAAUACAUAUGAGGAUACAUUUGAAUGACCGAAGAUUCGUGUGCAAGUUGUGCGGGGAGAGCUUCGUGCAGUGGCCCAGCUUGAAGUAUCACGUGACGAAGAGACAUCCCGAGCAACCAUAAUACACUAGAUGUUCCGCGUGGCGUCGCCCGUGUAUUUUAGGAAUGUCACAGAAAACGU